AUGACAAACUACACAUUAAUUAAUGAAACGCAUUAUGAGGAGCCGAAACUUCCGGCAGAAAUGCGCUUUGGAGUUCAACAUAUAGUAUCUAUAAGUGCAUACAGUUGUUUCUUUGUGAUAGCUGCCGUAGGAAACCUGACGGUUUUCAUAACAUUGUUUCGAAAUAGAAAUAAUAAAUCACGGGUGAACAUGUUUAUAAUGCAUCUUUCUAUAGCGGACUUGAUUGUGACAUUCAUUAUGAUGCCCUUGGAAAUCGGAUGGAACGGCACAGUGCAAUGGCUUGCCGGUGACGCACUUUGUCGGAUACUCAUGUUCUUCCGAGCGUUUGGAUUGUACCUCUCUUCCUUCGUGCUCGUGGUUAUAAGUUUGGAUCGUUAUUUCGCCAUUCUUCAUCCACUCAGCCUUAAUGACGCCGACAAACGAGGGAAGAUCAUGCUAUGUUUCGCUUGGCUUUUCAGCGUUGUAGCAAGCUCACCUCAGAGUGUGAUAUUCCAUCUUGAGGCACAUCCUGACCACCGGUGGUUCAAACAGUGUGUAACCUUCAACUUCUUCCCCACUCCGUCUCACGAACUGGUGUAUAACUUAAGUUUCAUGAUUGCUAUGUAUGGCUUGCCACUUGGAAUCAUUACAUUAUCGUACGUUCUAAUUCUAAGAGAAAUAUCCAAGAAGACUAGACAAAGCAAAGAGGAAAUGCAGGAUCUGAACUCUUCUCAUACCAGCGGCAGAUUACGCAGGUCAACUGUAGGAAACAUCGAAAGGGCAAGAUCAAGAACGCUAAAAAUGACCAUUGUUAUAGUUGGGGUUUUCGUCUUUUGCUGGACGCCGUAUUAUGUAAUAUCGGUUUGGUGGUGGUUUGACAAAGAAUCCGCACAGAAGCUGGACCCUAAAAUACAAAGCAGUUUAUUCAUAUUUGCUGUAUCGAAUUCAUGUGUUAACCCGAUUGUUUACGGACUAUUUACAAUCAAUUUUAAACGCGAGUUCCUCCGAUGUUGCUGCUGCCUGAAACCUAACUUGCGCAAAUCGAAGAUGAUGUAUCAAACCGCAACUAAUGUAAUGGAAGGUCGGUCAUUAUACUCCAGAACAUCCCACAGCUCAUUGCACCCAACAACAAACCACAUGGGACCAGGCCUCAGGAUUAAAAUGGAGAAGAAAAAUUCAGGCGAUACAGUUAUACGUUUCUCGGUCCAGGGCAAUAGGCGGGACACGUCAAGUUCGUCCAGCGAGUCCAAAAGCUCACGAAAUGGCUACGGACAAAGGGACAGUCGUCAUAAUGUGAAUAAUUUUCUCGUGGUUCAUAUGAAAGGUCAGGAUUAUGACAUCGAUAAAUGCUGAUUUGAGCAUCUCUCAAAUAUAUUAAACGUAUUUUAUAUUUACAAUUGAUAUUUACAAAAUCCGGUAUACAUUUCAACU